AUGGAGUGGUGGUACGCCUUCCUCAGCAAGCACGCGGAACGCCAGGCCGAUUCAGUGCCAUCAGACGAGGAGGAAGCAUUCAGGUACUUUUUCAGGACGUCCAGGAGUACCUUUCACUACAUCUGCUCAAUCGUAAGGGAUGAUUUGACCUCGAGGCCGCCUUCUGGGCUGAUCCGCAUUGAGGGGAGGCUACUUAGUAUGGAGAAGCAAGUAGCAAUUGCCAUGAGGAGGCUGGCAUCAGGUGAUUCCCGGGUGUCAGUGGGAGCUGCUUUUGGCGUGGGACAGCCUACUGUUUCCCAAGUGACAUGGAGGCUUAUCGAGUCGAUGGAAGAGAGGGCUCGGCAUCAUCUGGCGUGGCCGGACCAGGAGAGGAUGGACGAUAUAAAAGCUAACUUUGAGGUGGUGUCCGGUCUUCCGAAUUGUUGUGGCGCCAUUGAUGCCACACACAUAGUUAUAACGCUUCCUGCUGUUGAGUCAUCAAGAAACUGGCGCGACCAUGCAUGGAACUACAGUAUGAUCCUGCAAGGGAUUUUUGACCAUGAGAUGCGAUUUAUUGAUAUCUGCACCGGUUGGCCUGGCGGCAUGACAGUUUCCCAAUUGUUGGAAUUCUCUAGAUUUUACGAGUUGUGUGAGGCUGGGGAAUGCUUAGAUGGUCCUGCCCAAGUUUCAAGGGAGGGUGCACAAAUAAGAGAGUACAUCGUUGGUGACAUGUGUUAUCCUCUACUCUCGUGGCUUAUGACUCCGUAUGAAGGAGAAAGAAGUCUGGCUGACCCAAUGGUCGAUUUUAAUGCCCGGCAAAAAGCCGCAAGAAUGCUUGGAACAAGAGCGUUGGCACGGCUGAAAGGCUCGUGGAGGAUCUUGAACAAAGUCAUGUGGAGGCCUGAUAAGCAUAAGUUACCGAGUAUUAUUCUUGUCUGCUGUCUCCUUCACAAUAUAAUGAUAGAUCGCCAAGACCAACUGCUUCAAUCUCUUGAACUUCGUGAUCAUCAUGAUACCGGUUAUAAUGAAGUGAACUGGCAGCAAGAGAAACCCUAUUGGUAA